AGUGGGGUGAACCUAAAGUAGGCCUAUUCUUUAAUUACUUCCUUAAGUGCGUGUCUUAUUUUUGUAUUUCAAAUUUGCGUAAAGAAGUAGACAAUAAAAGGUGGGAGUUCCCGCCCUUCUUCUCUCAUUGACUGUGUUAUUUGUUGUGUUUUUUUUACUGACACUUUACCAUCCUCCUCAACCCCACUAUUUAUUGACCAUAACUUGGCUAAUGCCUAAUGGCCGCCUGAAACAACACACACCGUUUGUAAGGCAUAAUUUUAAUAAUAUGUUGUUGUGUUGUAUCUGCGUGGUUUAAUAAUUAGGAUAUGAGGUUUAAAAGUAUAGCGUUAUUAUUAUAAAACUAGAUACCUUUUUGACACUAAAUAAAAAUAAACUCAAAACUAUAACAUUGUGGAUAGUUCUCCGCACAUUAGCUAGAAAGUCGGUCAUGGUUUACAUUAUAAGGUCGUGACCUCUGACCCAUAAAGGGAAAAAUCGGAUUCAGCUUGCUGCAUAGAAUGCAAGUUGGAACUAUUGUUUGUGUCGAUGUGCAAGUGUUAGGAGUUAUUUAAUUUUUCAAGAACAGCUUCCUAGGAAAGAGUGAUAAGCCACAUUGCUAGACAGCAGCCUCUAGCAGUUUAGAAUGGCUGCCGAGCAACGACGUCUGAAGGAAGACAAAGUCAAAAGCAAACGCUGGAAAAAAUGGGGCCCCUAUCUCGCCGAGAGGCAAUGGGCCACUGUCAGAGACUACUCCAGUGAUGGCAACUGCUGGGAAUAUUUCCCCCACGAUGACGCCCGGUCCAGAUGCUACAGGUGGGGGGAGGAUGGGCUGCUGGGCAUCACAGACAACCAGUGCCGGCUCUGCCUUGCCCUGUGUGUCUGGAACGAGAAAGAUCCCAUACUCAAAGAGAGGCUGUUUGGCCUCACCGGGAAUGAGGGAAACCAUGGUGAGGAUGUGAAAGAGCUGUACUACUACCUGGACAGUACCCCCACCCACUCCUACAUGUCCGCCCUGUACAAGUACCCCCAGGAGAAGUACCCCUAUGACAACAUUGUGGCUGAGAACAAGUACAGGACUAAAGAGCAGCUGGAGUAUGAGCUAUUGGAUACAGGCGUGUUUGACGAUGGCAACUACUGGGACAUCAAGGCCGAGUUCUGCAAGUCCAGCCCUGACGACAUACUGGUCAAGUAUAUCAUCUCAAACAGAGGCUCCAAGACUGCCAGGAUCCAUGUCAUGCCAACCUUGUGGUUCCGCAAUAUGUGGUCAUGGGGUGAAAGCUGUGAUGCCCAUUUGUCUAAAAGACCAAAUCUGAAGGAAACUGGCCCUGGUCGGGUUGAGGCUGAGCAUGAAACACUAGGAAGCUACAUAUUUGAAACUGAUGUAGACCAAAAUGGGAAAAAACCAGAUCUUUUAUUUACUGAGAAUGAAACUAAUUAUAAAAGAAUAUAUCGCUUAGAUAAUAAAAUACCAUAUGUAAAAGAUGCUUUUCAUAGAUACCUUCUGUUUCGUGAGCAUUUUGCUGUGAAUCCAGAUAAAUUUGGAACAAAAUGUGCUGCACACUAUGUCCUUGAGAUACCUGGCGGUGAAGAGUUUGUCGUUAAAGUUCGGCUGUUUGAAAAAUCUCAGGGUCCACCUUCAGAAAAUUACUUUUCAAAAGAAGAAUUUGACGACAUUUUUUCCAAGAGAAAAAAUGAAGCAGAUGAGUUUUACAAGGAGGUCAUUGUGUGCUCAGACCCUCAACAAAUUCUGGUUACUAGACAAGCCUAUGCUGGCCUGCUGUGGAGCAAACAAUUCUACCACUAUGUUGUUUUAGAAUGGUUGCAAGGUGACCAAGGGCAACCACCUCCACCUGCUACACAUUCUAAGAUGCGCAACUCUGAGUGGAGGCACCUUUUUAAUAGGGAUAUUAUUAGCAUGCCAGAUAAGUGGGAAUACCCUUGGUAUGCUUCCUGGGACCUCGCCUUUCACAUGUUGCCAUUUGCUAGUAUAGACAUCAACUUUUGUAAGCAUCAGAUGCUUUUGUUUCUAAGAGAGUGGUAUAUGCACCCUAACGGACAGAUUCCAGCUUAUGAGUUUGCCUUCAGUGAUGUUAAUCCCCCAGUACAUGCUUAUGCUGUUUUAAAAAUCUACAAGGCCUCAGGAGAUUGCAGGGCUAGAAGAGACCAAGUAUUUCUUGCCAGGUGUUUUCAGAAACUUGCAUUAAAUUUCACUUGGUGGGUAAACAGAAAGGAUCCUGAUGGGUUGAAUAUUUUUGAAGGUGGUUUCCUUGGUCUUGACAACAUUGGGGUGUUUGAUAGAUCCAAGCCCCUGCCAACAGGUGGGAAACUAGCCCAAGCAGACGGGACAGCUUGGAUGGCAUUUUUUUGUGAACUGAUGGUGGAGUUCAGCCUUAUCCUAGCUCAUCGAGAUCAAAUCUAUGAAGAUAUGGCUAGCAAAUUCUUUGAACAUUUUGUUUACAUUUUGGAUGCUAUUAACUAUGGUGUGGCUCACCUAUGGGAUGAGGAAGAUGGCUUUUAUUAUGAUAACAUCAUUUUUGAGAACCGGAGGACACCGUUGAAAAUAAGAUCCAUGGUUGGAAUGGUUCCUCUUUUUUCUUCUCUAGUUCUUCUUGAGUCUGAGACCAAACAGCAUCCUGGCUUCUACAAGAGAACACAAUGGUUCUUAAAAAAUAGGAAAGGAUUAGUCAGCAAAAGACAGAUAAUCAGACGCAGCAGUAUUAUAGAUGGAGAAGCAUCAAAAGAUGAGGAAGCUAUUAUGUUGUCCCUUGUCACAAAAGAUCAGCUGAUUAAAAUAUUGAAAUAUUUACUAGAUGAGGAAGAGUUUCUUUCACCUUAUGGAAUUCGUUCCCUUUCUAAGUACCAUGAAAAGCAUCCAUUCACCUUUGAAGCAGGUGGGGCAACCUAUACAGUCCACUAUGACCCAGCUGAAUCUCACACUAAUAUGUUUGGAGGAAAUAGCAACUGGAGAGGACCUAUAUGGUUACCAAUGAAUUAUAUGGUGAUUGAGAAUUUGGAACGUUAUGAUUCAUUUUUUGGUGACACGCUGAAGGUGGAGUGUCCAACAGGUUCUGGCAACCUAAUGAGGCUAGGAGAUGUUGCCAGAGAAUUGUCAUCUAGAAUAACCAAAUUAGUUCUGCCUGAUGAAAAAGGACAUAGACCAUGCCAUGGUGGUGACGAACGGUAUGCCAGUGACCCUCAUUGGAAAGAUCUGAUAUUGUUUUAUGAAUAUUUUGAUGGUGAAACUGGAAGAGGAUGUGGUGCAAGUCACCAGACUGGUUGGUCAGCCUUGUUAGUCAAUUUUCUACGCUGUGUAAACAGACACCCCCUGAUCGUUGACCACUCAAGUGCCAACAUACAAGUCCAGCCUUAGUCAAACCAGCUCACUGUAAUCAAUUGUUAUCAGUUACUAUUAUUACUUUAAUCAGCAUUGUCAGGUUGUUGUUUUUUUUUCUAUUAUUUAUUAUUUACUUGUAAAUAAUUUAAACUGAAAAGCCUAUAUGACAAAGUAAAAUUUUUACUUCAUGAUUUAGUUAAAUUUGAGUUUAGAAAUGGUGGAAAUGCAAAAAGCAGAACAUCAAAAAAUUUUGGGUUCACACUAAUAUAAAUCACUGCCUAAAAUACUUCUAUUGCCUUUAAUAUUAAUAUGUGCCUGUAGUUUUUUUUUUCUAGAAAAAGCUUGGUGGUAAGAGAAUUUUUAAAAUAUUACAUAUAUAUGUAUUACAUAUAUAUCCAUAGGUAUCAAAACUAUAAUUACUAGUUAAAUUAUGAAACAGAAGGGUUAAUCCCUAUAGGCAUCAAGUGUUGUGUAGCAAAGCCAACAGCUUCUAAAUAUAUCAAAGCCAAAGACAAGUAAUCUAAUGUUCUUUGUUGACUUGUGUAAUUCCAUUUAAAAAAUAUUUCCUAUAAGUUUGCCAUUUAUAAAUGCUUUACACUAUUUGCCUGUAAUUUCUGUACUGAUGAAUAUUGUUUUUUUUAUGUUUCUUUAAAGAAGGUAGCCCUGUUUUAGCAAUAAACAAUUCUGCAGUAGGGUAAUAUAUAUCAAAGUUUAAAUAAUUACUUUUAGACAUACCAAAACUGUAUAGUUGUGAAUUAAACUUUGUGAGAUUUGGCUACCUAAUUAAUAGUUUUUACAGUAAUUUGCUGUGUUCAUUUGUUUUUUAAUUAUGUGAUAUAUUGCAUAUGUAUUUUGUUUAGUGAUUAAUUAUAAUCAGAUUGAUGCAUGUGACAUUUUUUUAUGCUAUAACAUUUUACCUUGUACACAGAAAGCAUUUAUCUCGCAGUGACUUCCUGAAAAUUGAGCAUUUACUUAUGAAAACUACUUAGUUAUGAAAGCAAUAAUACAAACAUUUACUGUUUUUACCAUUUAUUAUAUGGUUAUGAAAUAAAUUUUACUUGUACUUUUAAAAUUUACAACUUGACAGUUAGUUAAUGUCAGUACUAUUAAAUUAUUAAUACUAAUAAUUUGAUAAUAUUGUGGACAUUUUUAAGUGGAACAAAAAAAAACUGUGUGAUCAUUUUGCUCUUCUUAUUCUUAAAAUACUAAUAGCAAAAUACAUGUGUUUGUCUUUAGAAGUUUUAUAAUAUGUACACUAAACACAGCAUUGAUGCUUUAGAAAAUAAAUUUUUUUUUCGCUGAUGCUAGAAUGUUGCAGUUUACACCAUGUUUUGUAAAAUACAAUAUAUUUUAUAAAUGUCUACUUUCUACAAUGUAAUUUUAAAAAAUGUUGUUUUUAUGGGUUAUUGUUUUAUCUUUAUUCUCGGAUAUUUUGAGAUAAACUUCCAAUUUUAGUUAUAAUAGGUUUCUGCUGGAAACAGAUUAUAUAUGAUGAAAUUUUGUAGCUGUUUAGUGAUGUAGGCUAAUGAUUACGCAAAGGGAAUGUUUAUUGUUUUAAAAAAAAGAAAAUGUGUAAGGGUUUUUUGAUAACUGAGUUCUAAAGAUUUCUUUAAAUUUACAUUAGUUUCAUAUGAAAAUGACUUUUUUUUGCAUGUACAAAGCUGUGGCGCUAUUUAUCUCUCCGUGUGAGGAAUGGUUUUACUUAACUAACCAACUUUAUUUACCUUGUUCAUAUGUCUUUAAAUGAAAUAAAUAUAUUUUCAAUUUAUGAAAAUGUGUCCCUUAGCACUAUGAAUUAAGGGAGACAACAGGGUUAAUGGGGGGGGGGGGUAUAGUUUGCACUGUUAACCCAAGACUUGAGUUUUGAUCAUGGAUUCCCCUUCUGCUGUAGCAGAUAAUUAACAGCUGGAAACAGGAAUCUAUUUAGGAGGAAAGACGCAUAGAUGACUCACUUAGGUGUUGACAUGCAAUACUUAAAUAUGUUGUAAGGAAAAACAAAGAAGUUGGACUUGUUGUAUGACUUGUACAAUAAAACAAUAAAGAAUAAAGAUGACCAACCAAUUUAAAUAUGUGUAGAUACAGGCAAGAGGAAUCCUAUGUAUUAAAAAUAUUGUGCAUA